AUGAAGAUCCUCUUUCUGCAUGGCUAUGGAACAAGUGGGGAAAUCUUCGAGCAACAGCUUUCGAGCAUCCUGGCCAUGCUGGGAGCUCACCACACAUAUGUAUUCCUUGAUGGCGAAGUCCCCGUGACAAGGACUGAACUCGCAGGUUUUAUUCCCGGGAAGAAUCUUGCAUACUACGAUGGAUAUGAGGCAUCGCAUGUCGCGAGUGCCCAUGAACUUUUGCAUGCAACCAUUGAGGCCGAAGAGAUUCCCUUCGAUGGGGUUGUUGGAUACAGCCAGGGUGGAAGCUUCGCCAUUUCAUAUAUGAUUCAACAGCAAAUUGAACAUCCAGAUAAAACACCGCCGUUCCGGUGGGCACUCUUCUUCAGCCCUGGCUUCGUUCUCUCUCCAGACCCGGAUUACAACGAGAAGGAUAUCAUGUACUUUGCGAAGGAUCUUGAACAGUCAGACCGCGACGCUAUCCAUACUAUGCUCAUCGAAAGAAAGCAGGUGAAGCCAGUCGAAGAAUUUGUUUCUCUUCCCAAACUCAAUGAACGACAAAGGGAUCUAUGCAUGGCUCUUGUCAGCACGGCAGCCACCAUGCUCGCCACACGCGAAGUGUUCCACAUCGAGGAAAGCAAUUCGUUCAACAUGGAUGGGAGAGCUCAGGACAGUUACGGUCCUCGAGACUUCCCACGUUUCUUCCAUUCCGUAUACACCGAACAACGACUACCGAUCGUGACAGUUUUUGUCCAUGGGAGUGAGGAAGACGAGGCUCCUCUCCGACUUGCCCGCGUCGCACAAGGUCUUUGUGAGCCGGAUAAAAUUAUCAUUGUGGAGAAUCCUGGAAUUCAUGAGAUUCCCAACAAGGCAGAGAGUGUUGGGAACGUGGUUAGGGCUAUCGAGAAGGCUCACUACAUUGGGCAGAGACUUGUUUUCGACAUUUAA